CGAGAAUAUCUGUUGUUUUAGGUGGUUUUUUUGGGUGAAAUAUUAGUCUUUUUGAAUCAUAUAUCGAGUGGUCUAUCACAUAUCGAGUGGUCUAUCACAAUAAACAAAUAUAGCUGCAUUUUGAAAGCCACAUUUUGAAAAGAUGUUUCCAAUUAGACGUAUAUUAAAAGUGCCAACUUCAGCUACUUGUUACUCAGUUAAUCCACUCUUACCUAAAAGGUUUUUCAAUAAUUCAUCAACUUUAAGAUAUUCAGAGCCCAAAGAUGCUCAUGGACAUGACGAUGUUCAUGGACAUGAAAGUGGGCAUCAUGACGAUCAUCACCAUGACGAUCAUCAUCAUCAUGAAGAAUUUUCUGAAGCAGAAACUGUUUUCCAGCCAUAUGUUUUAAGAUUUCUUGGAGUAACUGCACUUAUUUCGGGUUUAAUUUAUACUAAUAAUCAAUUUAAAAAGACCCAUGGGGGAUUAUCAUUAAUAUCAUAUUACAUACCUGACAGUUAUACACCUGAAAGAGCAAUUGCUGAAGAAAUGCAAUUUUUGAAAGACAUUGGUGAAGAUCCAGGUUAUUCAUUUAGACAAUAUUAUAGUGUGAAUAAUAAUGAAUUUAAGACUGAGAUUGGAAGAGAACGUUUUCUUAACUCAGGCAGUGCAUUGAAUCAUACUCCAGGUGAAUUAUUGGAUAUUGAUAAUUUAUCACCAAGGAAAAACAUCAAAUAUUUUUAAUAUAAAGUUAAUAUUAAAGCUAAAAUUAAUAAAUAUAAUUACUUUUAAAUAUUCAAUUAUUCAAUAAAUUAUUUUCAAAAGUUCCUAAC